UCCCAGGAGGCGCGGGGACUCCGGAGGAGGCCCUUUCCUUGGGAGGCGCCCGCCUGGCACAGGUCAGCGCCUCAGCUCCCGGGAUCUCUGGGCUCCGCGCUGCCCAAGGGGUGCAGAGGGGCCUCUGGAGGGGGCGGGUUCGCUCCAGCCAGAAAGCCCGGAGCCGCCCAGGAAUUUUGGCUCGGACUAAGAGCAUUUCCUCCCAGGCCGGCCGGGCGCGAUCCGGGGAGGGCGGCUGCGGGCAGACGCGGCGCUGCGCUCGGCCGGGCCGGCAACAUGCGGACCCUGCUCUGCGCGCUGGCCGGGCUGGCUCUGCUCCGCGCCGCGGGCGCUUCGGCUGCUGCAGAACCCUUUAUCCCUCCCCGAGGAGACGCAGCUCAGAGCACAGCGUGUGACAGACACAUGGCUGUGCAACGCCGUCUGGAUGUCAUGGAGGAGAUGGUAGAGAAGACCGUGGAGCACCUGGCGACAGAGAUGAAAGGCCUGCUGGGCCUGCUGGAGGGGCUGGCCUGGAACCUGCCCCCGGGACCCUCGAGCCCCGCCCCCGACCUCCUCGGAGAAGAUGGCUUCUGAGCCCCGGAGCUGGAGCCCAGCAGCUGGAGGUGGUGCACCUGCCAGGCAGCACCCUCUGAGAGCCAGCCCUGUCCGCUCGCCUUCCUUCCCCAGCUUCGUGUGAAAUAAAAGCUACUCCUUCCGUC